UAAAGGACUUUACACUCUACACAUAGGCAAACAUCUUCCUGUUCAAACAGUGACUGAAGUUAGUCCAAAACCAAAGUCCACUUCUGCAGAGUGAACGGAGGAUUUCAUCAACAUGUCUGGUCCACUCAGCAUGGAGCUGUCUCCCUCUCCCUCAGGUUUAGAAGAAGAGUUUAAAACAGUCUUCACCAGAGAGUCCCUCCUCUUCCUCCAUGAGCUGAUCUCCAUGUUUGACGAGGAGGUGGAUCAGGUCCUGCGGUUACGAAUGUCCAGAAAAGCCCACUUUGACCUUUCCGGUGACCUGCCAAACUUCCUGGAAUCAACCUCACAUAUCAGGAGGGACCUGGCAUGGAGGGUACUGCCCGCCCCCCCAAGGCUCCAGAGAAGACAUGUGGAUGUAGGAGAUCUGGCUCCCUGCGAUACUCAGCGCUUCAUUAAAGCUCUCUUGUCUCCAGCACAGGGCAUACAGGUUGACUUUGACGAUGGAAACUGUCCGACAUACUUCAAUCAGAUCAAAGGCAUUCAUAAUGUUUUAAAGGCAGUUCACAACCACUUCCCCAAUGUUCCACACAUAUCUAAGGCUCCAGUGCUGAUGCUCCGCCCCCGCGCCUGGAACAUGGUGGAGCACAACAUGAUGGUGGAGGGAAAAGAGGCUCCAGGUCCCCUCUUUGACUUUGGACUCCUCAUGUUUCACUGUGGAAAGACGCUGUUUGAAAACAAGAGUGGACCUUUUUUCUACCUCUCCAAGGUGGAGAGCUUCAUGGAGGCUCGAUUGUGGAACAAGAUUUUUGUCUGGACACAAGAGAAGCUGGGCCUGCCUCUGGGCUGCAUUAAGGUGACGGUGCUGAUCGAAAAUGUUUUAGCAGCAUUUGAGAUGGAGGAGAUCCUCUACGAGCUGCAAGAUCACUCAGCUGGACUCAACUGUGGCAUCUGGGAUUAUUCAGCCUCUUUCGUUAACAAGUUUGGUCACCGUCAGAACUUCCUGCUGCCCGACCGCAGCAAAUACGUCAACAUGGAGAAGCGUUUCCUGCGCAGAUACAUGGACCUGUUGGUUCAGACGUGUCAUCGGAGGGGAGCGCUCGCAACAGGAGGGAUGGCCGCUCUGCUGCUGCCUCAGGAUCCACUCAGCGACUCCCACCAGAGAGCAUUGGCUUCUGUAACCAGACUGAAGUUGCUGGAGAUCGAAGCAGGUGUGGACGGCUUCAUGGUGUACGACCUGGGUUUGAUUGAGCCCAUGCAGAAACUCUUCCAGCUUCACACUGAAGGGGAUAACCAGCUUCAUCAGCUCCGAGAUGACGUCACUGUUACUCCUGAUGACCUGCUGUCCAUGCCCUCAGGAGGAGUCACCCUCUAUGGACUGAAGUAUAACAUUGCAGUUGGUGUCCUCUUUAUUAAUGCGUGGCUCUCAGGUACUGGACACUUCUUCUACAGAGGCCAGGUGGAAGAUUCAGCAACAGCAGAGAUCUCCAGAUCACAGGUGUGGCAGUGGAUCCGUCAUCAGACGAGGCUGGAGGACGACAGCAGGGUGGUGAGCCGGCGGCUGGUUACUGCCCUAACCCAUGAGGUUCUGAUGGAGCUCAGCGUCAGUUUCUUCAGGGCUAAACAGAGGCUAAACACAGCGGCAGAUAUAUUCCUGGAGGUGGUCCUAAAGAGAGAUUUCCCAGAAUUCAUCACCUCCUACUUAAAUCAGGACCACACCUUUCUCAGCUCCCAGGACUUCAGACAGGUGGAGGCUCUGGAGGCAGACAUUCCCCGACACAAACUGUGAAGAGUCUCAGAUGGAAGAUGUUCUUACAGAGAGUGUAUUACUGCCACCACAAUAAAAGAAAUAUUAACCUUUCUGUUUGCUUUUUUUUAAUGUGAACACUGUCAACAUACUGAUCUCUUUGACAUUAGACACCUGGCCAAAACUAUUUUAACAAUAAACAAUCAAACUUUCUUUCAUUCACUGGGAUUUCCUUGAACACAUCUGCAGACCCUGUCUUUGCUCCCUGUUUGCUGUGUCUAAAAAAACACAGGUAAGUACAAACAUAUCCAAAGCACAUAAAACACUGCACACUGAGAGACACUGAGAGAGAACAAACACAAAAUAAACGACAACAAAACCAGAACCAAACAGAAUCAUCACAAAUGUGUACCCUUGUUUAGGGGUACAAUGAGUGUACCUUUGAGGUACUGUUGGACCCUUAAAGGUACGUACACAUUUAGCACAUUAUUUCUGACAGUGGCAAGUACAGGACCAGCAUGCACCUGGGUGGGAUCUAUACUUGUUUUUACCAGCAGUAAGAGAGGCAGUGGGAGCCAUGAUUCUCUUUGUUCUUAUGUUUGCUUUUAUUUUUUUAAAUAAAAGAUAUGUAGGUGA